AUGCCAUGCGAUCCCACCCACACGCUGCCCAUCCUGCCCAUCGUGCCCAUCGUGCCCCAGCAAAAGCAAGUUCUCCUCCUGCACUCUGCGCUCUGCACGCUCCGUCUCGCCCGUCUUACGCAGCAGCAGCAUCAGCAGGCAGCAUCAGCCAAUGCAGCCAUCCACAGCCAUUCGUCGCAAAUCAUCGAAAUCCCGAAAUCCGUGCAGAUGCUCAGUCCGAGUCUGCUGAGCGUCGCGCGCGUUAUCACCACCACCGCCACCGACGGGCUCACGCGAACGAUCAAUGUGUCGGUCCAGGAGCAGGAGCAGGAUCCAGACGUCGUUGCUGGAGAUGUGCGCACGUCUCCGGUGGAAAUGUCGGAGGCCGUAAAAAAAUACCAACACCAACAACAACAGCAAUAG